CCUUUCAAGUUUUGGAUUGGGUCCAUGUGACCCAAUGUUGCUAUGUUUACACUAAAAUCUAAGUUUAGACACAGAACACUUAGCAGAAAACGUGGGAGCGCCUGCGCUGGCGAAAAAAAUAGCAGUGUGAAGUGUUAGGAUGCUGUCAAAAUUGAAAUUAUGCAAUCAAAUUUGCAAAGUUCAAGUUUUCCUUCCUGCUUGCUUGAACGCGGGUCUAUCAUCAAGUAAUGGUGUUGCUCCAAAUUUUGACAACUCACAGCAGGCGUUCAAGUCAAAGUCGACGUUUGAGCUUAUUAGGGCAUGUUCUAUACUGGCCCUAUGCUCUAAGGAUAUUUUGGUUGACAAUGCGCUGAAGCUAAUGAGAGCUGGCGAAAUCUUCCUUGGGAAAAUAAUAUUCACUCGCCUGAUGGAAAAGACUUUCUAUGGCCAAUUUGUUGCUGGCGAAACAGGGCCAGCCGUCGUGAAGGCAGCUGAAAAAUUGAAAAUACAGGGGCUAAAUUUGAUGGUAGCUCCCGCACUGGAAUCUGACCUUGGUGAAGGAACAGCCUCUGGGCUGCUAGACAAAAACCUCACUGAGUACUUGCAGCUCGCAGAUUUGACAUCAAUAGGAAGUUUUAAUGGCCCAACGACACCAGCGUGUCUACAAAUGAAGAUGACCGCUUUGGUGCCGAUGGAAGUACUAAUUCAACUCACCAAUAUUUUAAAUGACAGCACAGGUGAAAAGAAAUUGGAGAUUAUCAGUUUAUUGUCAAAAUGCAUGGAAGAUAUGGUAAGUCUAACCACCUUGAAAGGCUUGCCCAAAGAACUACAAGAGGAGCUACAAUCUGCAUGUCAGCGACUAAAACUACUUGGAAGCAAAGGAAAAGAGGCGAAGAUCAGGAUAAUGGUUGAUAUGGAAUGGACUUAUGUGAACCCAGCUUGCUCCGCUUUAGCAUUGGCCAUGAUGAAGAUUUAUAACAGAAUUACGCCAGCCAUCUGUUCAACAGUGCAAUGUUACUUAAAGGGAGCAUUGGAAACAUUAGAGUUUGAGAGACUGGCCGCAUCUCGGUUUGGGGUCUGCUAUGGGGCAAAGUUGGUGAGAGGAGCAUAUUUGGAGAAAGAGAAACAAGUUGCACCUCAUCUGGUUUGCAACAGCUAUGACGACACAAGCAAAAAUUAUGAGCGGGUUAUGAUGAAUGCGCUAAAAACGGCUCUUCAGAGCCAGCGUGGAGCUCAUUUUAUUUUUGUUGCAACUCACAAUGAAGCAGUGAUUAAAACAGCCAUCAAUUUUUUGCGGCAACAAUGCACAUCGAAACAUCCCAAUGUAGGGUUCGCUCAGAUUUACGGAAUGGCUGAAAACAUAUCUUUGCCUUUAGCUCAAGCAAACUACCUGGUUUAUAAAUCAGUGGCUUUUGGCAGUUUGAAUCAAGUUAUUCCAUACUUGGCAAGAAGGGCUGCCGAAAACAGGGCUAUCAUGAAAGGAGCGAGAAGAGAACGCGAGCUCAUGAUGAGUGAAAUCAAAAGGAGGUUGUUCUACAAAAUAUAA